AAGGAACUCAUUCUUGACGCACCACACAACACCACCAAAAUACUUUAACCAAAUGAAGAAUCUCAAUAUCCUAACAUGUCUUGCUUUCUUCUUCGCCAUUUUCAUCACUUCUUCACAAUCCAAAGCAGAACAAACACAACCCAUGUCGGGUUUCGUUAAAUCUGAUCUAAAUUGGUUUCUUAACAUUACUGCUAAGUAUUGGAGUCAUCAACGUAAAUCCCAAGUACCAGAACUUAAAUUAGCACCUCCUACCAUGCUCGCAGGGCUUUUAUGCUUCAUAUCUGCUUCUAUAUCUAGUGCAGGUGGCAUUGGUGGUGGAGGUUUGUUUAUUCCUAUAUUGACUAUAGUAGCAGGUCUAGACCUUAAGAUAGCUACAUGUUUCUCAGCUUUUAUGGUCACUGGAGGGUCUAUUGCUAAUGUCAUGUGUAACUUGUUAAGUCCUAAAUUUGGUGGUAAAGCUUUGAUUAAUUAUGAUAUUGCACUUCUAUCGGAGCCCUGCAUGUUGUUAGGAGUUAGUGUUGGAGUUAUUUGUAACUUAGUUUUUCCAGAGUGGCUCAUCACAAUUUUGUUUGUUGUUUUUCUUGUCUGGUCUACCAUCAAGACUUGUAAAAAUGGGGUUUUGUAUUGGAGGUUGGAGUCAGAAGAGGUUAAAAGAAAUGGUUAUCACAUUUUAGAAAAUGGGUUGGUUAAGGAUGAUGAAAGCCAAGCGAUGAAAAGUAGCAAAGAGCCACUUUUGGAUAUGGAAAUGCCAGAUAAAAAGUGUUUUCCAUGGCAGAAAUUUGGGGUCUUACUUUUGAUCUGGUUCUCUUUCUCUCUUCUCUAUCUUCUUCGUGGUAACCGGAAUGGAAAGGGCAUUACACCAGUGAAGCCAUGUGGAUUGGGAUAUUGGGUACUCUCAUCACUUCAAGUUCCACUCGCAAUAAUUUUCACAGCAUGGAUUCUAUUCAGAAAACAGAAAUGCCAAAUUCAAACAACAAACCAACAGAACUCUGUAAAGGACAUAGAAGACUCAGCAGGAGGCAGAAUGCCAAACAAGUUCCUUUUCCCAAUAAUGGCACUAUUAGCAGGUGUACUGGGUGGAGGUUUUGGAAUUGGAGGCGGAAUGCUCAUCAGCCCACUUCUUCUUCAUGUGGGAAUACCACCUGAGGUAACAGCAGCAACUUGUUCCUUCAUGGUUUUCUUUUCAUCAACCAUGUCGUCUUUUCAAUAUUUAUUAUCCGGCAUGGAGCACACAGACACUGCCCUUAUCUUUGCCGUCAUUUGUUUUGUUGCUUCACUUCUCGGUCUGCUGGUAGUCCAGAGAACAAUACAAGAAUAUGGCAGGGCUUCUAUAAUUGUUUUCUCUGUUGGUAUUGUCAUGGCUUUGAGUACAGUUCUCAUAACAAGCUUUGGAGCUAUGGAUGUGUUGAGAGAUUAUACAUCUGGCCGACACAUGGGCUUCAAAUUCCCCUGUUAAACAGAAAGAACUUGAGAACUUGAGAACUUGAAAAUUUUAACGGCUAGUUUUAAAUUAUGGACAGUUGAAUUCCCUCUCAUAUCUGAAGCUGCAGUUCAACGCUUGCAGAUUCUGUAGUAGGCUGUUAUAUCCAGAUCCACUAGAUGGUCAAGGAUAGGUCGUACUUCUAUGUAGAGAAGCUUAGAGAUAUAAUAGUUAGUACUGGUUAAAGCAGAUAUAUUCUAAUUUUUGCAUUUCAA